GUGGGAACACGCAUGCUAAGAAGAGGAGCACAUAUGAGCACAUUAAGAAAUACUGGAGAACGUUUUACUUAUUAGCAUAUAUAGCCAAUCCAGCUACGGUUUGUUUGACCUUUGAAGUACACGUUGAUCCAGUGGCCGAAAUGGCGAUAGCAGCGUUGGAGUUGAUGGGCUUCUUUAUGGGCAUCUUUGGCAUGUUCGGGACCCUGGUAGCCACUCUUCUGCCAUAUUGGGCAACCUCAGCGCACAUUGGCGCUAAUAUUGUGACUGCAGUAGUCAACAUGAAAGGUCUGUGGAUGGAAUGCGUCUAUCAGAGCACUGGAGCCUUCCAGUGUGAGACUUACAACAGCAUUCUGGGGCUCACGGCUGAUCUACAAGCAGCCAGAGCUAUGAUGGUCAUCUCCUUAAUGUUUUCUGUCUUGGCUCUUGCCGUGUCCACCGUCGGCAUGCAGUGCACUGUCUGUAUGGGUGGUUCCUCAGUCAAGAGCAAGGUGGCUGGGGCAGGUUGCUCGCUCUUUCUCCUGGCAGGGCUCUUGUCUUUGAUCCCGGUGUCUUGGAAGACCCAUGAGGUGGUGCAAACCUUCUACACCAAUAACAUGCCUCCCAGUCUUAAGUUUGAGAUAGGCGAUUGCCUAUAUGUGGGGCUGGCUUCUUCGCUCAUGUCCAUGUUGGGUGGAGGGCUGUUAAGUGCAUCUUGUUGUGAUGACCUAGACGGUGGCAGGGGAACAAGGCGAUAUUACCCCUACCCUGACCGCACUGGGAUCGGGAUGUCACAUGGAGCAACCCAUUCAAUGCCCUACCAUCCACCCAUUCUACAAACUGCUGCAAAAGUUACCAACAAGAACCAGAUGCUUAACAGCCAAACCAGCACUAGUACCCAUUCUGCUAUGCCGGCACCAGCCCAUGAUUCCAGGAAAUCAACUCAUCAGAACACAGCAGCUGGGUAUGACAUCACAGGCUAUGUCUGAGGAUUUGAGUUAUACUUUUGGUUUGUACCAUUUCUCCUUAAAGGGCUAAUAUGAUAAAUGCUUAGACAGUGUAAAGACUCUUAUAAUUGGCAAGAUGUCGGAUUAAGGCACAAGCAGAAUGGAUGCAUUGCCAAAGACAAAGUUGCUUUUGGAUUAUUUCGUCUCAAGGAGGUUCGAAAAAUCUAAAUAAACAUGAAGAUGCUUUUUGGAAAGAAACCAAUCAAUAUGUAUCAACGAAACUAUACACUUGUGCCCUUGUAAAGAGAUAUUUUGUCCUCUUUGCAAACAUGCUGAGCUAAUAUUUCACAAUGACCUCUUCGGCAGCCCUCUCAUGAAACACUGGGCCAGUCCUUGUGAACUGUAAGCUAAAAGUGCACUCAAGCAUAUGAGAUAUAUAUAUAUAUAUAUAUAUAUAUAUAUAUAUAUAUAUAUAUAUAUAUAUAUUUGAACUUUUAAUGGUUUUGUAUGAUUGUUUUACACUUAUUAUUUGUUAAAGACGUUAAUACAAGAAAUGUUCGCUUUGUCAAUAUUAACAAAUCAAUAUGCACACAUAAUUGAGCACUAAAUGAUCAUAUUCAGUUUAUUAAUAAAGAUUUGGGAUGUUCAUCAGUCUGUAGCACCAACCUGUCUUUCAUUUCUUUAUACAAAGACCAUGGAAAGCUCUUAUUAUUGUUCCUAAAUGCUUUAAAUACUGCAGUGUUCUCAUAUGAGCCAUAAAGUUUGCUCUCUACCUUGCAGACACCAUAUCAACAAACAAUAAACAUCUCUGCAUUGAUAGGUCACUGAUAUACUCAGUUCUGCAAUGUUCCUUACUCAUUGGCACAUUCAAAUAUUAUGUAUCACAAUAUGUUAAAUAGAUAGUUAACUCCCAAAAUAAUAAUUCUAUCAUUAUUCUGUCACUCUCAUAAUGUUCCAAAUCUAUAUGACUUUCUUUCUUCCAUGAAACACAUAAAGAGAAUUUUGGAAGAAAGUUGAUGCUGCACUUUUUUCCCCUUCCAUGCAAUGGAAGUGAAUGGUGACUUAGACUAAAAUCUUCCCUAUAUCUCUUUUUAUGUUUCACAAAAGAAAGUAAGUCAUAUGGGUUUGGAAUAAAAUUAGGGUGAGUAAAUUAUUAUAGAAUUUUCAUUUUUGGGUGAACUACUUUAAAUAUUGCAUAUCAUUUGUAUUUUAGAGUAAUAUUUAGAGAGGAUGUGUUUUGAAAAGAGGGAAUGUGCAAAGACAGAUAUAAACACAUCUGUAAAAAUCUGAGGACUUUAAUGAACAAUUUAAUGCUCUUAUAAUGAAAGACAUGCACGCCGCCAAUGGGUUUGAUUUGGUGAGAAACCAAACAUUGUCCUAAUACAGUCAGCUUUUAUGUGCUAUCCAAAUAGCAACUAUGUAUUCCAAAUGUAACAAUCUGUUCAAGCCUGUGCAUAAACGCUUAAACAGAGGUUUAACACUGAUGUUUGUUAUCAUUUAAACAAAUUAUUUACAGUGCACUUGAAGCACUCCAGCUGAAAUCCAACUGCAUUGAUUUUACCUUGAUUUUAAUGUGAAACUAUGUGGGAAAGAUACUACUGUAAACCACACUGAAAUGUAAUUGAUUCUGUUAGUGAGACCUGUACUUGUUGGGUUCAUUGACUGAAAGCACAACCUUGGUAGAUAAGCUGCCACAGAUCUAAUGCCAUCUAUCUAUGCUGCUGUUGACCACAACAUAAGGCAUAUAGGCUAUUCGUGGAAUCUCCUCUAAAGCAUUAAUGGAAUAUUCCUGGUUCAAUACAAGUUAAGCUCAAUGGACAACAUUUGUUGCAUAUUGUUGAUUACCACAAAAAAUAAUUUAGACUCAUCCCUUCUUUUCUUUAAAAAAGUAAUGUUACAGUGAGGCACUUACAGUGGAAGUGAAUGGGACCCGUUUUUUGAGGGUUAAAUGUCAGAAAUGUGAAGCUAAUAAUUUUUAUAAAAGCACUUACAUUAAUUCUUCUGUUAAAACUUGUGUAUUAUUCGAGCUGUAAAGUUGUUUACAUUUUUACAGUCAUUUUAGGGUUUGUUGACAUUACAUCGCCAUUUAAAAUUGGCUAUAACUUUACACAAAAAAGGUUAGCAAGCAAUUUUAUUACACUAAAGUCAUGUUAACAUGCAUAUUGUUUUUGUCUUGUGGCUAUACUUAUGAAACAGUGAGUAUUUUAAUGUUUACGGAUUAGCCCCAUGCACUUCCAUUGUAAGUGCCUCACUGGAACCCACAUUUUUGCUAUUCUUAAACAAAAGGAGGAGCAAGUCUAAAUACAUUUUUGUGGUAAUCAAUAUAAUGCCACAAAUGCUGUUGAUUGAGCUUAACUUGAAUUGAACCUGGAAUAUUCCUUUAAUUAGCUGAUUCUAAAAUCUCACGAAAAUACCAGGUUUAUGUUCAGUUACGGGCAAAAUAAUAAUGUUUAUGUAUGACCUCAA